GUUGUGGAACUCUGGCAGUGCUGGAACAAAAUGAAGCUGGGAUUGUUCUGCUCAGAAGUUUUGACUGGAAUGAUGGCCUCUUUGAUGUGACCUGGAGUGAGAAUAAUGAACAUGUGCUGAUCACUUCUAGUGGAGAUGGAUCUCUGCAAAUCUGGGAUACAGCUAAAGCCAAAGGUCCGCUGCAAGUCUAUAAAGAGCACGCUCAGGAGGCAUAUAGUGUUGACUGGAGCCAAACUAGAGGAGAGCAGCUAGUGGUGUCUGGUUCUUGGGAUCAAACAGCCAAGCUGUGGGAUCCAGCUGUGGGGAAGUCAUUAUGCACUUUUAAAGGCCAUGAAGGGGUCAUUUACAGCACUAUAUGGUCUCCGCACAUCCCAGGUUGUUUUGCAUCUGCCUCAG